GAACAUGCUACAAAGCUCAUGGAUGAGGUUCGUCUGAGACUGUUAUGAACUUGAAAACUUGAAGUGCUAUUCUUUUGGACAUACUGCUUGGCCCUGGCUGACAUAGUGUAUUUUUUACACAACACAGAAAAUGAUAUAUCUUUGAAUGUGUUUUGACUUUACAGAUUCUUCACAGCAUCUUCUUUUUGGGAAAGAUAAAUGAUCCACAGCAUCCCCCAGAAAGUAUUGUGACUAAUGCCAAAAUGCUUGAAGGCUUAAAGAGCACCUACCCUCGGCCUUUUGACCACUAUUCCUCUCAACUGCCCAAGCGGAGUCCAUUCUCAUGUGUGCUAGACAUGAUUGUCCUCCUGACUGGACAAGAGAAAGAAGAGAAAAUAAAGGAGACGGUGCGAGAGAUCACCGAACAACUGAGGAGGGGUAAAACAAGGCCUCUUAUCUCCUCCACUAUCUGUGUCUCUCAGUUUCAAAAUUCAGAUUUAAAUUCACACAGGUACUAUGGUGUCUCCAUGUCCACUGCUGGGUGUGAGCCUGGUAGAAUCAUGGUUGCUGCGUCCUGUCUUAGCUUCUGGGACAAGUAUGUGGCUGGUGCAGUGAUGACCUACUACCCAAAUAAUGCCAAGAAACAAUAUUUUGAUGGGACCAUCAAACUGCCAGAGAAUGUCAGGUGCAAGGCGUUUAACAUCCUUAUAGGAAAAAAACGGCCUGCUUGCAGUUCAUGUGGGAAUUUGUUUGGUUUGAGUCCAACAAACGGAACGUGGGCCUACGGUAACUGUGCUGAAGUUGAAAGUCUGAGCAACUUGUUUAAAAAUGUCGAAGAAGUUAGAGAACAAGCAAGACUAACAUUGGUGAAUAGCACAGAGGAGAACAGGAAGAAGGCUGAAGAGAGUGUCAAGAAAGAGCUUGAACGUCUGCUGAGACUGCACAACUUUACAUGGGAUGGAGAAUUCUUCACCCCACAAUGAGUUUCAAGUGUGGUGAAAUGCUUUGGCCCCCUGAUCUUUCCUUUCAAAUCAUACCUUUGUGUCUUAAAGUUAUAAUGUGUAAGACAUGAUCAGACUUUCAGCUUAAUUUAAAACAUUAAAACAAAUCUACUAAUCUUCAGAUCUACUGAAACGAGCGUGUUAACCUGAUUCCUUGAAUAUUAAAUAUAGUAAGUAGAAUUCUUACGGUGCUUCCUUAUAACUUGAAUAGAGCAAAUUCUUUUGAUAUAAGUAUUUACUUUAACAUUGAAGAUACAAAUGCAUUUAUGGAGAAGAUUGUAAACCAAAAAGUGUGUUAAUUGUUUAAAUGAAGUAAUCAGAUGAUGAUAUAUUAAAGAUGUCAUUCAUAAUAAAAUGACACUGGUGUAAACUGAAAUGCAUGAUUUGUUUU